GAUGGAUCUGCAUCCAACAACAAUCCAAAACGUAACCUAGUAGAUUGUCGUAAACAAUGCAAUUGUUUUGUAAGUAACGACAUUAGUUUUUUAAGUGCACAUGGGUGUGUUUAUUUAACAGAGAAGAAAGACGAAUAUGAUUAUUACAAUUCUGGGUUUCAAGUUCUAAGCAUUUUUUGAGCCGUGGAACACUAUGUCUUCGGUUCAACGAGCAUUUGCUCAAAAAUUGAGCAAACAGCAUGCAGCAGAUGUCCGUCGUCAUAUUGCAUCCUCGACCUCUUACUCUAGGGAUUUGUCCAAAAGUGGGAGUAGUAUAUCCGGAUUUUCUUCUACGAUGUCACUCUGUGAUGUCUUGGAGCCUCUGGACUACGAAGAGUUCUUAGCUCAACAUCAAACCGUGUUGGACAGAGAUACGCUGAAACCAAUACUUGAUUUUCCACCUGGUGAUGUCCAAUUGAGAAUUAUAAAGAGGAAAAUUCGAACAGAAGAAACCGUCGUUCCAUACGAGUCUUUAGAUACAUUAUCUCCUUAUGUGAAAAGAUGCAUAGAGACUUUCACAUCAGAUUGGGUUGUUGUGCAUCGAAAGUGCAAAGCGAGAUUAUCACCUAUUGCCAGGGACCGUUUGCUUCAAGAUACCCCAAAACAAGAUUUCGAGGUGGAUCAGGAAGAAGCAAAUGGCUACGGGUCACCUAACGAAGAAGAAGAUUUGUCGAAUUGUGGGGACACACCGCGAGGUUCCUGGGCAAGUUUGGAUCUACGACAUUCACAGCAUGAUCCACUGCUUCCAAACUUGCUAGAUCGUGUUUGUCCUGAAAUUGUAGAUCAAAUGAAUGAGCAAAAGCGGUCGGAUGAUCGUCAGGAGGCCUUUUUUCCACUUUAUACUCCACCUGCCUCCUUAGAUGACGAAUGGCAUGAAAUCAACAUCGCUCCGGAACCUUCUGAGCCCUUCUCUCACAAAAUUCUUGUAAAGUGCUUGCAUCUAAAAUUGGAGCUUGAAGUCGAACCUAUUUUUGCUAGCUUGGCGUUGUACGACUCGAAGGAAAAAAAGAAGGUUUCAGAAAACUUUUAUGUGGACAUGAAUCCAGAAGGAAUUAAGAGGAUGCUCGGAGGUCACGUGCCUUAUAGCGAUGUAAGCACUUUAGCAAGACAUUGUGUCCUGAGCAUUAGCAAACCGAGUCCUGAUCUGUUUCUUGUCAUUAGACUGGAGAAAGUUUUGCAAGGGGACAUUUCUGAAUGUGCAGAACCAUAUAUACGCGACGAAAAAAACAAGGAGAAGGUACGAGCAGCUGCAGCUGCAGCUUGUGAGCGCCUUGGCCGUUAUCGAAUGCCCUUUGCGUGGACUGCUAUUCAUCUUUCCGGAGUGAUAAAUGGAGGAAGCGAUGCUGACAGCACUGGAAGUGCAGGAUCUCUUGACAGAAAGUCAGGAGGAUUGGAACAGUGGCGUAGAAAAGUAGAACCGCAAACUAGAAGAGGGUCUUUGGAGAGAAGGAGCUCAGAAAAAAGACGUAGUUGGUCAGCAGAUGAUUUUGCCAAUUGCCUUGAUAGCUUCAGGCCGAUCACUUUGACAGUAUCUAGUUUUUUUAAACAAGAGACUGAGAGGCUGAGGGACGACGACCUGUAUAAACUUUUGGUUGAACUACGCAGACCAGGCUCAAAUUUGAAGCGACUAAAAUGCCUACCAGGUAUUUUGAAGCUGGAUUUGAGUCCAAAACCAGAAGAACUUCCACGAUGCUUAGAUCCCGAUUUGAGAAGACUUACACCUUAUCCGGAUGAAAAAAGCCGACCUGUGAAGGAAAUUCUUGAAUUUCCGAACGAAGUAAUGUCACCCGAUCUAUCUUAUCGAAACCUUCUUUACGUCUAUCCAAAGGAAGCAAAUUUUAGCUCAAGAACUGGUUCUGCUCGUAAUAUUGCUGUUCGAAUUCAGUUAAUGGGAGGAGAACAAGAAGCGGAUGCACUUACAGCCAUCUUCGGUCGCUCUUCUUGUCCAGAGAUGGCUCACGAAUAUUUUACUUCAGUAUCAUAUCACAACAAGAAUCCGAACUUUUACGAUGAAGUGAAGAUUAGACUGCCUGCUGAUCUGAGUGCAAAACAUCAUUUGCUGUUUACUUUUUAUCACAUUAGUUGCCAAAAGAAAGCUGAACAGCCCCACGUCGAGACACCUGUUGCUUAUACAUGGCUACCGCUUUUAAGAGACGGACAUUUGCAAUCCGGCGAGUUUAGUGUGCCAGCGAUGUUGGAUCCUCCACCUGCUAAUUAUUCUUAUAUCGCGCCAGACGUACUUCUACCCGGAACUAGGUGGGUCGAUGCUCAUCGUGGGGUAUUUACUCUAAUUCUAGAACCUGUUUCCAGUGUUCAUCCACAAGACAAAUAUAUUGAUCGAUUCCUAUUAUUGUGCGAUUCUUUGGAGACAGGCCAAGUCCCUCCGCGUAUCGGUGAAGCUGGAAUGGAAUCUGAAUUAAAAUCAGCUUUACUCGAAUUAGCGCGAACCUCGAAUUCAGCUCUCGUAAGGUCGAUGCCUCAGGUGUUUGACCAAUUAAUUUCUAUGCUUAUACGUCCACCAACGUUGCCCUCACAGCCAUUGAACGUUGCCGCAACAGUUUUUGAAGCGCUAGGACUCCUAGUUCGAAAUAUAACGAAUCUUCCUGAUGGUCAGAUAGAUACUUGCGGGCGUCACGUACUCUUGGCUACGUAUACCGCUUAUCAGUGCUCUCUUCCGACAGUGCCACAAAUUCCUGGUGUUAUUCGGGCACAGAGCAAUCCAGAUUUACCGAUUGAGGAUAUUGAGAUGGAGACCCACUCGCGUGGGUUGGACAGAACAGCAUCCAUGCGCCAGCAUUCACCCUCUGCCAAAAUCUAUUCGUCAUGUAGGCUUUUGUACGAGGAACUAGCUUUGCACUGGGUUGUAUCGACGGGACAAGCGCGCGAACUCGCAAUGGUGCAUUCGUUUUUUUUUUUUGAGUUAAUCAUUCGAUCUAUGGCCAUCCACUUGUCUGAUUUAGGUGCAUUAGAGUCGCCGAGGAAGAUGAGGUUUUCACCACAGUUCUGUGAUGAUGUCGCAACACUUGUGGCUGCUCUUACAUCAGAAAUUGUUGCCCGUUCUGGAAAGGAUUACAAAGUGGCAAUGAAUCUAGUUUCAAGCUUGGGAAAUUUUCUGGCUAAUCUACUUUCACUUAUGGAUAGAGGUUUUGUUCUAUCGCUCCUUAAAGCGAGUUGUUGCUCUAUAUCCGAUGCGUCCAUGCACAUUCCGGAUUCAGCUGCGCUCUUUGCGUUGAAGUUAGAUCUUGUAAGGACCGUUUGCACUCAUGAACAUUACGUAGCAUUAAACCUGCCUUUCGGGACGGCAUACACCUCGGGAUCGGCCCCUGCGAGUCCUAGUCCUUCGACAGGUAGUUCUGGUAGCUUUAUAUCUACUAUGGUCCCUGGAGAUCGAGUGCGUUUUUCUGAACUAAGCCAAGAAUUCAGACAACAGCAUUUCCUUGUCGGACUGGUUCUCUCCGAUCUAUCAAACACUCUAGAAAUUCCAAAUCCGAUGCUGCAAAGCAAGGCGAUCGGUACGAUUCGAUAUUUGAUGGGAUUACACGACGUUGAUCCAAGAUAUUCGGACCCCACAUCAAAGGCAAGAGUUGCUGCACUGUAUUUGCCACUUUUAAAUAUUGUAAUGGAUGCACUGCCACAACUGUACCACUGGAAUUCAAAAGACAAAAGCUUUUAUACUGAUGACCAAGGUUCAAUUACUCAGUGUGUGGCGUUAGCCAUUGCGGGUGGAGCUUCUGCUGAAGUGGCUGGCACCCAGUGUAGAGUUUCUCUUAGUUCAGAAGCCACCAGGCACGUUUUAAUGUGCACACUCUGGCUUCUUAAAUCUCUCGAGAAAUCUGCUUUAGCCCAAUGGUGCUCCGAAUUAAACGUGAGGCGUGUUCUAAAUCUCCUUCAAGUUUUGAGUAUUUCAAACGCAGCUUUCGAGUAUAAAGGGAAGAAGGCGCUAAAACGACUUCCAGCGCAAGCCGCAGCUACUAGCGAUAUUCGUUCUAGACUUGAGGACGUAAUUCUAGGACAAGGAAGCGCUAGAAGUGAAAUGAUGAUGAGAAGGAAGGAAAGAGUUACGAGUGACAAGCUAAGAUGGAGAAAAGAUCUGAUGCCGUACAGAUCAAGCGAACAAUCAGAAGGUAGAGCAGUCGAACAAGAAGCCCACAUAGAGGGAGCUUUAGCAGCAGAAGCCUCUCUUGUGAUAUUGGACACAUUGGAAUCGUUAGUUCAAGCUGAUGGGGGUGGAGGAGCAGUAGUGGGUGCAGUUUUGAAGGUAUUACUCAGAGCAUUGGCUAGAAAUCAAAGCACUUUAGUUCUUCAGCACAUGUUUAAUACACAGAGAGCUCUCGUUUUCAAAUACCACAGUGCUCUAUUUGAUGAAGAGAGUGAGAGAUGCGGUGACUUGUGUCUCACAUUGUUAACUCGCUGUAGUUCUCCGUUGAGCGCAAUAAGAAGUCACGCAGCUGCCAGUCUUUACUUGUUGAUGCGACAGAACUUCGAGAUUGGAAACAAUUUUGCGAGAGUGAAGAUGCAAGUAACGACGUCUUUGUCAGCUCUGGUGGGUCGGGGAAGAGCUCCAAGCGAAGGAGCUUUACGUCGAGCACUUAAGACGGUUUUAGUUUAUGCUGAGCGCGACACUGAAUUGACGGAUACAAGCUUUCCAGAGCAAGUCAAAGAUCUUCUUUUUAAUCUUCACAUGAUUCUUUCCGAUACUGUAAAAAUGAAGGAGUUCCAAGAGGAUCCAGAAAUGUUGCUAGACUUGAUGUACAGAAUUGCCAAAGGCUAUCAAGGUUCACCAGACCUUCGACUGACAUGGUUAGCAAACAUGGCGCAACAGCACAUGGAACGCAAGAAUCACACUGAAGCCGCGAUGUGUCUCAUACAUAGUGCAGCGCUUGUAGCUGAAUAUUUACAUCUCCUGGAACCGGGAGGUGGUGGUCGUCCUGUAGGUGCAGUCGCACUUAGUUCGUUAUCUCCUAAUGCACUCGAGGAAAGUGCCGUGGGUGAUGAUGUGCUCGCAAGACGAGAGGAAGGUCUUUGUCUAGGUCUUGAUUUUUCUGAAAGCGGAUUAGCUGGUUUACUCGAACAUGCGGCGAGCUCUUUUUAUGCUGCUGGAAUGUAUGAGGCCAUUCCUGACGUUUAUAGGGUAUUACUACCUAUUGCAGAAGCAUCUCACGAUUACAAGAAACUGGCGAAUAUUCAUGGAAAACUUCAUGAAGCCUACACAAGGGUGGAACAUCUUGCGGGGAAGCGCGUUUUUGGUACUUACUUUAGAGUUGGAUUUUAUGGAUCCAGAUUUGGGGAUCUCGACGGUGAAGAAUUUGUUUAUAAAGAACCUACACUAACAAAACUGCCAGAAAUUUUUUCUAGGCUCGAAAAUUUCUAUGCUGACAGGUUUGGCGCAGAAAAUGUUGUAAUAAUCAAGGAUUCGAACCCUGUGGAUGUCAGUAAAUUAGAAGCUGAUAAGGCUUACGUACAAAUUACGUACGUCGAACCGUUCUUUGAGAAUCACGAACUUAGACACAGACCGACCGUUUUUCAUAGGAACUUUAACAUAAAGAGAUUUGUGUACGCAACACCAUUUACUCCGGGAGGAAAGGCACAUGGGGAAUUGAGAGAGCAGUGCAAGAGAAAAACGCUUUUGACAGUCGCCACACACUUCCCCUAUCUUAAAACACGGAUAAGAGUCGUUGCAAGGAAGCAGAUUGUUCUCAGUCCAAUUGAAGUCGCUAUUGAAGAUAUACAAAAAAAAACUGCUGAAGUUGCUGCAGCCACUACGCAGGAACCUCCGGACCCAAAGAUGCUUCAGAUGGUCCUUCAAGGUUGCAUUGGGACGACGGUGAAUCAGGGUCCAGCAGAGGUUGCGGUUGUUUUCUUAUCAGGUUUACGAGAGCAGAAUGUACAACCUUCGCGACUGCAGCACAAGCUUCGCCUAUGCUUCAAAGAUUUUUCAAAGAAAUGCCUCGAUGCUUUACGCCGAAACAAGAACCUUAUAGGACCUGAUCAGCGUGACUAUCAACGUGAACUCGAAAGGAACUAUCAAAAAUUAAUUGAGAGACUAACACCCCUCAUUGCAUGGAGCGGACCUUCAGCAGCACCACAAAUUACAUUGGCUUCGCCAGAUUGGUGAAGAUUGACAUUCAUCUGAUAAUUAACAAAUAUAUUAUACUGUUCGACAUCGCCAUAUGUAUUGUGUAAUAGGUAUUGUUUAUAGUACUUUUUAGGUUUAAAGUACGUAGCAUUGGAGUAAGCUUUACUCAUAAACUACAAGAAAAUAUAAAAGGUAUUUCUCUGCAACCCAUAAGUAUUUAUAGUAUCUAAGUAUGGAAGCUGUCAAAAAAUAAACAAUUUUAUACAAGAACCAA